AUGGACGGAUUAGGUAACGAGGGGGAGCAGAAGAAGACGCAAGAAGGAGAUGGAUUGAUAACGGAUCCAACACAAAUGGGAGAGUGUGGGAACACCGUACCUCCUUCAGCUUCAGCUUCAACCGAGAUCCCGGAGAAAGAAACACUAAGAAGAAGAACUUCGCGUUACUCUAAGUCUAGGCGAUCGGGAACAUCCUCUGCUAGUACUAUUAAGCGGAGACAAAUAGAGAUAGAUUUAGAGAAAGCUGAGGAAAUCGCCCGAAUUGAAAGAGAAGCGGCCGAACACCAAAGAGUAUUGGUGGAACAGGAGGCUGAUCGCCAAAAGAAAUUAGCGGAAAUGAGAGCCCAGUUAGAACAGGCAAAACUAGACGAACGUGCAGAAAGUCUGUCUGGAGACAGCAGCGAAGAUAGAGGGUCAGCUCACUUUGGAUGCACGGAACGGACUAGUGUCUCGAAAGUACGCUCAUGGAUCGGAAAAUUGAGUAAUCUUCUACCUGAAAAGACAGAGAAAAGUGCGAUAAAUGACAAUCCGAAGAAGCAAGAAAGGCCAAGAGAUGAAUUGUUGCCUGAAGUGACAGUGAGUCACAAAUAUAUGGCAAGACAAGCCCUUGAUAAAGAUUUGCCACCCUUUGACGGCAACCCAGCAGAUUGGCAAUUGUUUAUAGGAAGUUUUCGCGAAUAUACUAAAGAAUGCGGAUUUUCACCGAGAGAAAAUGUGCUUCGAUUACGAAAGUGUUUAAAAGAGGAAGCACUGGAGGCAGUCCGAGCGUCACUAGUGUUUACAAACGUGGAAAGAGUGAUAACAACUUUGGAGCGACGUUUCGAUCGUCCAGAGUAUAUAAUCGACGAACUGACAAGCCAAGUUACUGGGAUGUCUCAUGGAUUCUCAUCUUCUUAA